CGGGACCAGGGAGUCCCGCGCUGCCGGCAGUGAUCGAGUGACGUCCUGGGCCGGCUGAUCGGGGCCAACUCCACCGGCCUAGACAGCAUACGCCCGAUAAGUCAACAUGGUGCAAUCGUACAAGCUUCCCUUCGAUAUGAAGGAUUGUUGUCAGGAAAACUGGAGUUGGAAUCGCCAAGAUAAAUCGCACGAGGUUCGGCUCUACGGGAGCGGGGGCAAGACGGCCCAUUUUCAUCCGAAUUGGAGCAACGGGACUGCAGGUUGCAGAGGGACAAUGGUGCUCAACUACGGCAGACAUUACUGGGAGGUAAAUGUUUCUCAACGUAUUUUCGGCACAAGUAUGAUGUUUGGCAUCGGGACCAAGAAGGCCCGGUUGCAUAUAGACGCUUUUGUGAACAUGUUGGGCGAAGAUGGCCACAGUUGGGGACUCUCCCAUAAAGGUCUGUUAUGGCACAACGGAAAAUGGCGACAAUACACGAAGCCAUUUCGAGAAAACGAAGCCACGACCAUCGGCAUCCUACUCGACUGGUACGCGGGAACUUUAACGUAUUACAAGGACGGCGUGUCUUUGGGUGUCGCUUUUACCGGACUCAACAAGUUAGAUGAAGAUCUGUACCCCGUCAUCUGUUCGACUGCUGCAAAGACUGAGAUGUCACUUGGACGGACCAUCCGAGGUUUCUACGAUCUCCAGGACCGAUGCAGAGCAGCCAUCUUGGCGAAAACGGACGAUGAAAACAUCAUAGAUGAACUUCCACUCCCGAAUCGGAUGAAGACAUACUUGAAGGAGGCACUCAGCUGAUGAUGACAACAAAGAAGACAUAUAGGGUAUUUUAAAUUUUCUUCUUGUAUUUUUGUAUUCAACAUUUCUCUCAAACUUUUUAGCUUUCUUAUGAAAUAUUCUCAAAUAUUUCUCAAUCCUUGAGAUGGUUUCAUUGAAAAGCUUUAGAGGUAGAAUAACUGUACAUAAUAACAUUUUUGCCUCAGUCUGCCCGAAAUUACCCGGACAGACCUGGAAUGGUUUUACUUUGUAACGUGCAGAGUACUCCAAAAUUACCCCUCAAGAACUGGUUUAAGCAUUACGGUACAACUGAAUCUUUUUUUGUCCGAGUUUCAUCAACCCAUUUAAAUCUUCACAAUCAAUGAAGUCCCGUUAUCUCAAGGACCUGACCAUCCUUAGUUUGGAAAAGGCUGAUAAGUAAUUUCUCCGCCCUUCAAUUAAUGCCAACAACAUAAAGCUGGUUCAACUUCUAAACCACUCUUUGGAACAAAGGUAUCCGGAUGUCUUUGUUUUUAAAACACUAGAACAACUCAAAUACAAUGGACACUGGGCCCUUUGUACCCGACGCCAAAUUCCCCACCCUUUGUGAAGCUGCUCUUACUGUACUUAUAGUUAAAUAUUUCAAUUACUAUUUCUAAUUUUGAUAAACCGUUGAUGAAGGGAAUUUUGAAGUUGGCUGCAUUUGUUACAAACAAAAUAAAGGACUUCGUGCAUUGAUACCAAAAAAUGUAGAUUAACACGCUUUGUUUAGAUGGUCACGAACACAGUAGAUCACACUUUGCCUCGAAGGGUUUAGAGGUGUAGCGUAAAACUUGGUAUUUUCAUUCCGGUAAAAGAAUAAGACUUUAAGGCCUGCGGGCUUAAGACACUUUAUGUAUCUGCGCCAAUAUGAAUCGCAUUAUUUGUCCAAACAUUAAAAUAUUUGGUGUUUGUCAAAUAUUACGCUUGGUCUCCGCCUCUCGGAUUAGUCUUUGUGGUUGGUAUUGGACUGGGCUAGUAAUGGGAUAUGUGGUCACAUGAUAUUUACAUGUGCAGUGCGUUCCUCAAAUCACAAAUUCUAAGAUCUACAAUGAAGUACAAUUAUGAUUGUGUUCUUUAAAAAAAUUCUUUAGAAUAUUUAACAUCUUAAACAUAUACAUAUUUUUGAAGUUAUAAACUUCAGUGACGCCGGAUGGCUUCGUUUGCGAUUUAGAUUUCCUUUGUCCUUUUACGAUUUAUCGGCAUUUUUUUCUGAACCCAGCAUCCAAACAGCGUCAGCCAUGAACUCAUUUUUUCUACCAACUUCUACAAACCAAUCUUGAAUAAUCGUUUAACGCACAUGUUAUCUUAUAUAUUUUGGUAAAUCAUAGAUUCCUCCUUUGUUGACAAAAUAUGUAGAAUUCCAAGCCACCAAACAAUGAUAAAUAUGAGAUCUAGCACCUGCAAUAAUCCCAUUGUCAACUCUGACCACAUCUGUGAUCGUUACGUCAUCAUUACGCCAUGGCUUACAAAAUUAACGAGUUGGUCGCGUGUCCAGCGUAAUUUUGUGUAUUUGCCACACUUAAUGAGCAAAAAUCACAUUAAUUUGUUGACCAAUUGUCCCUAGAUUGGUUUAGCGUGGCUUGUUAAGCGUCAUUGUUCAUUGUCAUAUAUAUGACCAGCUGGGGCCUUGAAUUGGCACCGGGAUAUGGGCACGCGCCAUCAUCAAGUUCACCCCCACAAUUAUAACAAAGAACAUUUUAGUCAGCAAAUUGUCAAAUCUUCUGUCAAAAAUGGUACAGUGAAGUUGUACACCCUCUUUUCUUGCCCGCCAAUAUAAAACUUAUUGUACUUUGGGAGCCAAAGGAACGAAUUCUUUGAAGACCUCACAAUUGGCUCUCUUUCAUGCAAUGUUUCAAAUUCCUCCACGCUCCACUGAUUUCGUCACAAAGCGCGUGACCUACACUAUCGUCUGCUCUUUGUAGGGCCGUUCAUUCAUGGUUGAGUUGUCGAACUUGGUAGAGAAAGGAAUAUGAUAGUGUUUGGAUCCCCUGUGUACCAGCAGAUGCGUGAACAUCACUGGCAGCUGGUCCUCUUCAGCUGCUGGUUUUCACACAGGCAAAUAUAUCGAAGUCCAUAUAAAUAAGCUUGCAUCAAAUGAAAUGGCCUUUUUACAGCGAAGUCAAAUCCUGAUAUUGCAUGUAGGGUCUUUGUUACGUCACUUCAACCACAAAAUGUGUUUAAGUUGCACAGACCUUAUGUCGGGCAUAAAAUGAAUGCAAGCACCGGACGUUUGUCAUAAGUGACGUCACUGGUCUUUUUGGAAACAACGGGGAUUUCCGCUUCUAGCCGGAUGGUGUUCACAUCUUAAUUGUUUGAAUUCUGCUGAUAUGAUUCGUAUUAUCUAACAAUGCCCAUCUUCAAGCUGCGUGGAAAACACCAUUGUUAACAUUCAUUGGCCUGCCAAAAUCAUGUUUGCGACACUUCAGAUAUGUUUUUGACGACAACCGUUGAUAGCAUAUCAUGAAGAUGAUCGAUGUUUUCGUUUGAAUGUGUCAGUAUCAGAAUAAUUAUUAUUUUGACCAUUUGUGAGACAAUUGAUAUUUGGUGCUGUCCUUAAUAAAUAAAUUAAUUGAUGCCGCGGUAUCAUUGGUGCAAUGUAAAAUACGAACUCAUAACGAAAACGCGGGGGUGGCGGCUGUCUCAAUCUUGUAAAUAUGAAUUGAUCAUCAUUAAUGUUUGCUGGAAAAGAUCUGUCUUAUCUAAAGAAUGUAUGUCAGACCGAGCUGGCGACCUACAAAUUGCUUUGCUGAAGGAUGAUAUCAAAUUUUUAUGUGCUAUUUUUGAAUGUUUUCAUAAUGCAAUUAAAAUAUGAAUAUUAAGAAUGUACUUUAGACCUAGGUUGUUAAGGUUGUCCCUUCUAGCAAAAACUUUCUUGAUUUUGUCUUAAUUCAGGGGACUAUUGAAACUGUACGAACAUGUAUUCUUUAACUAAUACAAAGUACACUAAAUCUUAGACAUUUAGAUUUUUGACCAACAAAAAUUGACAAUUUCAUUAAAGCUGAACCACUGACUAAAUCUAGCCGCCAAUAAAUACAACCGCGGCGACAGUUCAGCUUUGGGAUCCAUUUACUUCAAAACAAUUCACCCCAGGGUUGACAAUUUCAGAGAAGUUUAGUUGAAGUGGCAUGCCUACCACUGAAUGUGUUCAGGAAAUGUACAGAAGCAACGUAGAUUAGAUGUGUUUAACUUAUUACUUGCACUCUGGGCACCUCUAGUCGAUUCGACACUGAUCUGCCAUCGCCAGCAUUUUCACUGCCAGUUGUUUCGACUCCGCACUCGAAUAAAUUAAUCAAAAUUUCAUUAAAUUUUGAUUCUUAUUCACGCACACUAAAUUAAUUCAUAAUCGUGAAUGUUCAAUUUUUGUUUGUGCAGUCACUGCAUGUGUCAUGUGACUUCACUGGGCAGGCCCAAUUGUGCAAUACUUUGUAAACAAUCCGAUAAUCGGAUAGUCCGAUUGUCGGAUCCAUUUCUUGUAUUAACUAGACAUUAGUUAUAAGUUAUUGAUGUUAAGUUUGCUUAUUAGUUAAUUUUUAGUUUUAGUUAAGACGUCAUUAGUAGUGUAGUCUUAUACCGAGAGGUAUUGUUUGGUCACGUGUGUUAUCUUGAGUUGCGGCAUAACUUCAGAUUAUAAAAACAAGUACUGUUUUGAGACAAGAAAAUGUUUGUUAAAUUAACUUCUGCGUAGUAACUUUUCGAGUUUUGGCUAAGGCCAGCCUGGUAUUUAUCUGUAAUUUUGCAUCUGAAAUGAUUCAGGGGCAAUUUAUGUAACAUGUAUUUGAAAUGGUCGUAUUAUGAUCCCUGAAAAAAAAAUCGGUGAUUGACUAAGUAUUUCCUUCACCCUGCCUUUACAAAAUCUUCGACAAAGCUGUAUCCCUUGCCAACUCCCGCGUUAAGCAGGAGAAACAUCUCUUUGCAGUCAUUUCACACCAUAUUUCAGUAAUCGUAUAAUUUUGCAUGUUUCUGAUGAUAACUGUAAAUACAUCUCUGAGCCGUCCAACCCAGAUCCGAGCACUAGAGUUCCCCUGUGAUGCUAUAAUGCGACCAGUGUUACACCAACAUCCAUCCAAGGAAUGUCUCAUGUUUUAUCCGCUUUUGGUCGGACGGCUCAGAGACGUAUUCACAGUAUACAUCUCAGGUUUAUCAUACCAGGAUUGCAUUUAAAUUGACAUGUGUAUACAUUGUAUUUUGAUCCGUAGCGUAGUUUAAUCAUAUCUGAUCAAUUCACUCUAACAAAUUUGCACCUGCACGUUUUAUUGAAGGCCGUUAAAACUAGAUAAUUAUCCAUCGUUAAUUUGAGAGAAAGUGAUAUAUCGAUUACCGUAAGGUAGCGUUCAUGUGUGUAAAAUAAGUAAGAAUUUCAUAAAUAUUGUAUCUUUCAACGAAUUGAGGUAAGGUGGUGCAAUAAAGCCUCGGUACAAUUAUAAAACAUACAACAUAAGGAUGUACAGUUAUUCUUCGUGGUAUGAGCUAUGAUAAUUGUACGGGAGAUCUGUACCACUUUGCCAUUAUUUAUCAAAGAUAUAUACCUCCUGGGCAUUGAUAUACCCUUCAUGUUGAUAUUCCAUUGGCAUUCCAAUGCAUUUGAGAACAAAAAAUCGUAAUGUUGUGUAGAGUCGUACAAUCUAUAUCAUUCUAAAACUCAAAAUGUCGUGUCCUACGGCUCUGUUGUUUCUCCAAUGUCUUUUCGAGACAAUUAUCUAGUUUCAGACACCUGAGGCCUUAUCCAUUUAUGCCACGUUUAACUUAACAAAUAGCAACAUUAAAAAUUCAAACAUUUUUUCAGUGAUCUUCAGAAAUACAUUGAUCAAUCUUGAUGUAUUUCUGGCAAUGAAAUAAUCUUUAAUUUCAUUAAAAAAACUUAGACCUACCAAAAAUGUA